GGAGUGUCUUAGAGAUUUGAUGACUUCUUUUUGGGCAUAUUAAAUAUAUGUCAGAAUAAACUAUUUCAAUAGGUUUUAUAAUGCGUUUAUUUAAUGGAUAGACUGACAUUAGUGGUCCAGUUCUUCCGAGAAUCCAGUCAGGGUUGUAUGUUGAGAUUAGUCUGAAAAUGCUAAUCGUGGAGCCCACGCGCGAGUUACACGCAGGUUAUUUACCAAUGUUUACAUGGUGAUAACAGAUUUUGUUGUAUUUUGUUUUCAAUUUUCAUAUUCUGGUAAACUGCGAAAAGCAGAUGAAUUGAUGCGGAGAUUUCAAGUGAAGAUGUCAGUUGAUGUUCCAAUAUAUCGCCGGAUCCUUUAUGGAUCACCAUUGAUACCAGGAAGAGAGGAGAAGCAGGUGCUGAGUCUACGAGACCAAUCCAUUGAACAACAUAAAGACUUACAUAAAGACUUAGUAAAUCCAAGUACACAAUCAUCUGAAGUGUUUGAAUCAACCAGGCAUAGUUCCUCUGCUCUCUCUGUUCAUAAAAGAAGUCAGAAUUAUCAAUUGGUUCCGAGAGCCAUCAGUGCACCUGCUGUAGCUUUUACCAAGUUAACCCCACAGAAAUGUCAGCAAUUGGAGAGAUGGAAGGAACGAGAGAGAAAUCUUGUUCAAUCAAGAACCAACAAGAAAAAAUCAAAUAUUAUCACUCAUCGUCAGGAUAAGGGAUAUUAUAUUGCUGGGGCGAAGGUACCACUUGUUGAUAGAUAUGAAAUUGAUGAAGAAGAACUUAUCAAGUUACGUAUGUUGGCCCAGAGCAGAGCUGAGAAGAGCACCAGAGCUAGUUCAGUGAAUAGCUCUGCCUUGAAUCAAGGUAAACGUGCCAUCAGUCCAGGAACUAGUCCAAGUGGCCAGAACUCCAGUCCUGUCCCACCAACUGCUGCAGUUGAGGCUGAAAAGAGGAAGAACAUUUUGGAAAGGCGGCAUCAGCUACAGGAUGAUCGAGUGAAACGAAAGGAGCUGAGAAGAGAACAGAAGAAGGAAAGAGCGCAGCGUUUGGAAGAAAAAAUGAAAUUUGAGAAGGAAAUGGAAGAAAAAUACCGACCAAGAAAACCUGAAAAGAAAAGUUUGAUAUUUCUCACUGAACAAAGUGACGAAGAAAAGAAACGAGAUAAAAGAGUAUUCUUAACAGAAGAGGAUUUCACAAAUGAUGCGGAAGAAGAAGGAAAUGGUCCAGUCUAUUCCUUUAUCAACGACAAACAACGUCAGGCGUUCGCCAGUAUAUUUAAUGAAAUGGACAAAAACAAAGACGGAAAAAUAGACAUUGAAGAACUAAAACAAAAUCUCUUUCCUCUUGCAACCAAAAGCAAUCUUAAACAUUUGCUCAAGGUUUUUGAUUUAAACAAAGACCAUGAGGUCGAGAUGAGAGAAUUUAUUACAAUAUGUGCGUUAAACGAUAAACUCUGUGGUACGAGAACUGAGAGUGGCACAACGUCCUUAGCACUAGAUUUGGAGAGGCUGGCUCAACAUAUCACGAUUUAUAAGGAGUUAUUCGAUGUAAUUGAUGAAGAUCAAGAUGGUCAUAUCCAAACAGAUGAAAUACUUCUUAUGAUAACCACAGCUGUCGAAGGUGAUGAAAAAGUUGACGAGGGUGAAGCUAGAACAGUUCUUGAGAACAUAGAGAAAGAUGAAAGAGGAUUUAUUGAUUUUACCUCGUUCAUGUCCUAUAUUCCGUUCUUUGCUAAACUACUGCAAGUUAUCAUGGAUUCUCCACUUUCCGUAAAAAAUCUUGAACAAGCUCGUGAUAGAGUGAUCAGGAAGUAUUCUAGAAACUCGGGUUCAACUCAGCCCACGGAUUAGCGAUGCUCAGGUCACCCCACCCUGGUCACACAACGUGAACAUGCAGUGGUGUAUUUGCAGCGGUAAUUUGCUAAACACUCUUUAACGGAACCAGGUGAUAAAGGUUAUGUGAUGUGCGAAUCUUCCCCGCCCGCUUAAGAACUAUCUCCCGCCAAUUUUGUUCAUUGGAUGUCGAGUCGGCAGAUAAAAGUCAUUUAGUUCAUUUCAAAUAUGACAUCUGGUCAACGUGUUUGUGAAAUAGGUUUGGCCUUGGUCUAAAAGUAUAGUUUCUGCCCAUUACCAGAAUAUUUUGUAUCGACUGACAUUUAC